ACCAUUUAUUCGACUGCUCAAACUUCUGGAUUACCCGUGGGAUAUGCGAAAGAACCUCCUUCACGGAAGCUGAACCACAAAAUUUCAUGCAUGCGACUCGAACACGAAAUCGGUGAUCUUCGGAAACGACUGGAGAACAUGCGACUUCGCCUGGAUGCAGAAAUCAGGAUAAAGGACCAAGCAGAACUCGAAGUGCGUGAAAUUCGAAAUGAAAUCUCAGACAAGAAGCGGAUGCUCAAUGAAAUUCUAGCUGCGAUGAAACGCGCCGGUGCCUCGGAAAGUCACAUACUUUUGCUGCCUUCGUCCUCUUUGGCAACACCCUCGAAUGGGCCGAAAAUGAAUGGCCACAAAUCAGCAAAUCAUCAUCAAUACGUACUCGAAAUGACGAGUCGCAUCGACUCCAAUUGGCGACACGGCAAACGACGAACGAUCCCGAGCAAAAGCUUAUCAAAUUUGGCGAUUGCAGAGAAAAAGCUGGAACUUCGAUACCUCAGAGACGAAAGACGAUUAGCGGAGCUACGGAAAAACGAAUUGAUCAAAUCCAUCACUACAAUGCAGGAUCAACUGAACCGACGUAGAACUGAGCUGAACCACAAAAUUUCAUGCAUGCGACUCGAACACGAAAUCGGUGAUCUUCGGAAACGACUGGAGAACAUGCGACUUCGCCUGGAUGCAGAAAUCAGGAUAAAGGACCAAGCAGAACUCGAAGUGCGUGAAAUUCGAAAUGAAAUCUCAGACAAGAAGCGGAUGCUCAAUGAAAUUCUAGCUGCGAUGAAACGCGCCGGUGCCUCGGAAAGUCACAUACUUUUGCUGCCUUCGUCCUCAUUGGCAACACCCUCGAAUGGGCCGAAAAUGAAUGGCCACAAAUCAGCGAAUCAUCAUCAAUACGUCCUCGAAAUGACGAGUCGCAUCGACUCCAAUUGGCGACACGGCAAACGACGAACGAUCCCGAGCAAAAGCUUAUCAAAUUUGGCGAGUUUGCCGUCGGACGCGUGAAAUCAAAAAGAAGUUACCGCAAAAAAAGAGGAAGAAACAAAAGAUUUCUGAUGCCAAAAUACUCUGCAUUUUCAGAAUGUUUUUGUUUCUGAGGUGCUUAAUUUUUUCAUUGCUUGCAAAUUGAAAAAAAUAAUAAUAAUGCUGCUUGGAAAAUGAAGGACGAUCCCGCAUCAUUACAAUAAAAAAAUAGGUCUUCCCUCGUGAAGAAUGAACAAAUACGUUUAAAAAAAAUUCCGCCGCGAACUUUUUUCGAUAUCUUAUAAAGAUUCAUAAAAUCUCCCCAAAACGACGAAUACUUUUCCUCCUUGUCCUGAAUGUUUUCUUCCAGGUGUCUGAAAAAAGUAUUUUUAAAAUUUCGACUUAGAACAACAAAAUAAAUACUUUACUACUCACAAUAAACCGUCCCAAUGCUAGACUUCUCUCAAACGGUAUUUUUUUAAAAGUGAAGUACAGUUAAAGUGCAUUUGCAUGUGAGAUGAAUUAAGCAUGCGUGCAAACGUGAC